GCGCGCGCGCGCAGAGGAGCAUGCGUCAGUCUGUACGUAUAUUUACCGGCCGAACCUGGAGACGGGAAGAUUCGGUGUGUGAGACACACGGUCCCGGUACCGCGCGGCAGAACCUCCGGAACUCGACGGUUCGUCUGCGGCGAUGAAUCGACGCCCUUUUUCUUUUUUUUUAACCAGAUAGAAGACGUGGAUGCAGCUAUGACCUCUUCAUAGAGGACGGGUGGAGAUCACGUCUAUCCACAGCCCACUUACCAGCAGCAGGUCUUAGCUUUUCCUCCAAGUCCACAAUGUCUCUCAGCACCUUCCACCUCAUGCAGACCCUGAAGAACUCUCCUGCAGAGCUUCGCCGCCGCCUCUGUCGCGACCGCACCGAGUCCCUGUCCCACGGCGACCCUCUCUUCAAGGUCCACUACCUGGGCACGGAGAAAAUCUUCUCUCUGGACCGAGAGCAAGCCCAGGAUGCCAUCACACACCUGCUGGAAGGUAUCGCCAACAGGAAGAAACUGAGCAAAGAUCACGCUCUGGUGGUGCGCCCGCGAUACGUCGAAGUCAAGGAACUGAGCACAGGUCGGCAGCUCACCAAGACCUACCUCCAGGACAUCGCGUACUGCGCCGCGGACAGCAACAGACCCAACGUCUUCCUCUACAUCUGUAAGCACCACGGGCAGCAGCUGCAGUGCCGCGUCUUCUGGUGCAGCCGGGCGGAGCGAGCCCGGGACAUGACGGCGUGUCUGGCACACUCCUUCCAACAGGCGCUGAGCGACUGGCAGCAGGACCAAUCCACCACGCUGCCCCCAGGACAGGCCAAGGGGAAGAAGGGUGGCGAGGACUCCUCCAAGUCUUCUGGGACCACCAAGAGCUCCACGCUUCCUGUCGGGCUGGGAAAAGUUCGCUGGAAGAAGAGGGGCUCUGUGUCACGCAGCCCCAUGAAGGCCAUUAUCAGAAGGGGAUCCACUUCUGACUGAGAACUGAAAUGGGUCCAGCCUGUAGUUGGACCCAAGAGGACUCUUGUUGUGAAAGGACGUCUGCACGUGCAGAAUUAAUGGUUUUUGACUUGCGCGGAAAUAGCGCUGUUAGCAAAGAUGUUGCUGAUGGUUGCUGUCGUUCACCUGUUGACAGGUUUGUGGCGGCUGUUUGAAGUCUGGACUGUGGGAUUGCUGUGUGGUUUCUUUUGUUCUGUAGUCCUUCUCGUAGUCCAGUUAGCUUUGAGACAAACGGAGAGCAGCACAAGCCAGAUGAUGGUGACCAGAGUCCCGGUUUGAAGGCUGACGUUUAGCCGACGUGUGGGUCACAUUUUAUUUAAUUAUGGCCCUAAAUAAUCUCACCCCAUUUAGCUCACGUUACAGCGGUAGAGGUAAUGUGGUAUGGGUUUUUAAAUGUUAUUUUGUUGAUGGAUCACUUCAGUAAAGCAGUUAAAGUUUGUAAAGCGGUUAUUUGACCAAUUCACAUUCCUUCUCAGGAGUCAAAAGUUUUGCUGCAUUUUUUUUAUUGUUAUUAUUAAUUGGCUCCUGUUAGCUGUACAACUAGUCAAGACCAUCUCAAAACGACCAUGGCCAACAAAUUCCCAUUUGACGUACAAAACGCAUAUCCUCCGAUAAGUUAUUUGCAGGUACAUGUUCUUAAAAUCUGCUGUGGCUGCACCGACCGCACCGCCAUGCCUCAACUUGGCAAAUGGAACUUGUGUGUGUUUUGUUGUGUGUGUGUUGUUGUUGUUUUUUUUUUUAACCAACUCCCAUUAACUAUGUAGCAUUAGCAUAUUAGCAUCCAUGCUAGUUGUGAUUGUUCCCAUGUUGGUACACGUUGGUGUGCUUUCAGAUCCAAACCCGCUACGUUUUACAAAAUCACAAUAAACUGCCCUAAGAGAUAACAUUUAUUUUAAAGCUUUUUCUUCUUUUUUUAUAAGUUCUGUGCAGUUUUAUGCAGCAUUAGCUGUUUCUUUAUAUCAAAGUUUACAAAGACGUGAUGAUUAGUGCUGCACCCUGAGGCCAGCAGAUACAAACGGAGAAACUUUUUUCUUUCCUUCUUUAAAUUUUUGUACUCUUCUGUCUUUACAAACGGCACAGUCUGAGUUAACCUGCCUGCUGUGAGAUGCAUUCAUGUACUUUUAUAUAUAUUUAGUAUGUAUUUUCUGAAGCAGUAAAACAUUUUUCAACAACAUAAUUAUCAUCUGUGUCUUCUGCUGCUUUGAGCGCUCGUGUCUGAGACCGAUGACAGAUGAGUUUCCCAGCAUGACCUCUUGGUUUUAAAAGGUU